CCUACAAUGCCUCUUCCGUGCCAAUUUGAGUUGCUUUACUAUUGAAGCGCUGAGGAUGCGAUAUGCCAACAUACCAUAUACGUAGCUCAACGAGAUAGCUACAGGUGCCUGGCUUUUCCUUGUCCUUUUGUGAGCUCUAGCUACAAAUCCAAACUCUAGCGCCCAUCCAACUUGGGGACGAUUGAACCGACCGUGCGGGCAUCCGCGCUGACUUUCUUCAACCUGCCGAUCGACCCCCCAACUCCGAAAUCACAUCGCAGCGCAUCACAGUACAGCUUCCUCGAGCUUUUCUAAGCUGCUUCUUCCAGUUUUCGCGGCCCAAGUAAGACUGUUGACCCACGGUUAUGGGCCGUUCUCGCCAAACGUACAACACCGCUUCUCCCAACUCGACCCUCGCUUCGGCACUUCAGCCACCCCUUCGACCUCUCGUCUCUCGAGCUGGAACCUUCGAUACCGUUACGGCGACUCGAUCGCCCUGAAGAAACCGCAGACAUGCCUGCGCCUGGAGAGAACGGGCACCAUCGUGCCUCCUCUACAUCAAGGAAUGGCCAUGCGCCGCUCUACCGGCUCGACUCGAACCAGAGCUCAACGAGCAUCUUCGAGGAGGUGGAGAUGGCCCACGACGAGCUCUUCUCGGGUCCUAUGGCCGAAAGCCUUCCUACCAGCGUUUCGGCCUUCUCACAUCGACGUCCUCGUGCCGACUCUACGACGAGUUUUGCAUACUAUCACGAUGAGCCCGAAGCCUCCCCUACCUCGUUCGAAGAUGAGCGCCAGAGCCUGUCGGAUGUGGGAGACUUCGCAUUUGGUGAUGACGAAGGCUAUGCUGAUUACGAAAAUGGCGACUCCAUCGAUGAUUACACGUCCCAACGCAGGCGGUCGUCAACGCACUCGAGAUCGUCUGUUCACGCCCGUCUAUUGCGCCAAGACAGUGGUAUGACCAAUAAGAGCCUUGGUGGGGAUCGUUUAAGCCAGAAGGUCUACAUGGUGAACGAAGACCUUACCAUUGCAAUUGCUGGCUUUCGGACGAGUCGGCUUGGCUUCGUUGUGUAUGCCGCACUUUGCCUAUGCACUGCUGGCAUCGCUUGGCUGCUACUCAGAUGGUUUCCCAGAUGGCAGGUGAAACUUUUGGGUCUACCGUCUCCUCUAGCGGAGUGCGACUGGGUUGUUGUCGAGAACCAAUGGGGAGAGUUCGUCCUGAUGGACGUAGACAAAAAGCUGUACGGUAGACCUAUGUCUACCAUCUUUGGCUCCACUGGAAAGAGCUACGGGGUGGAUGAUGAUUACGAUCCCAUUAUCACCGAGUUGCGUAUGCUCAAUUAUCGUUACGUUCGCUUGUACUUCAACCAGCAAAAGGACAAGUUUGUCAUGUUCAACGGCUGGGUUGAUCCGAAUUGGACCGAUCCUCGCGCCGUACGUGUCGGCAUAGACAGCGACGAGAAGGGACUGCGAGCAGUUGUGUUUGGAAACAACCUGAUUGACAUUGAGCAAAAGUCGACACCGCAGUUGCUCGUAGAUGAGGUUUUCCAUCCUUUCUACGUCUUUCAAAUUGCUAGCCUGGUUCUAUGGUCUCUUGACGAGUAUUAUUACUACGCCGUGGCUAUCUUCCUCAUGUCGUUUGGAAGUAUCGCCACUACCCUCAUAGAAACCAAAGCGACGAUGAAACGACUCCGCGAGAUUUCUCGCUUCGAGUGCGAUGUGCGUGUCCUUCGAAAUGGAUUCUGGCGAUUUGUAUCUUCGAGCGAGCUCGUGCCUGGUGACGUGUACGAGGUCAGCGACCCGAAUCUUACUCAAUUUCCAAGUGAUGGCUUGCUUUUGAGCGGCGAUUGCAUUGUUAAUGAGAGCAUGCUCACAGGUGAAUCGGUGCCUGUGUCAAAAACACCAGCCACUGAUGAGACCAUGCACAGUCUCGAUUUGGCUGCGCCGACCGUGUCGCCUGAGAUUGGUAAACACUUCCUCUUCUGUGGUACCAAGAUCAUUCGCGCCCGGCGGCCGCAGGAAGAGCGCGAUGGAGACGCUGUCGCCCUCGCCCUCGUGGUCAGAACGGGAUUCAGCACCACGAAGGGGUCCCUUGUCCGGUCCAUGCUCUUCCCCAAACCAUCUGGCUUCAAAUUCUAUAGAGACUCGUUCCGGUACAUCAGCGUCAUGGCCAUUGUGGCCAUGCUUGGUUUCAUCGCGUCUCUAUUUAAUUUCCUGCGACUUCACCUUGCCUGGCACCUCAUCAUAGUCCGUGCUCUCGAUCUUAUCACCAUCGUGGUGCCACCAGCACUGCCCGCGACGCUCACGAUUGGUACCAACUUCGCGCUCAGUCGACUGAAAAAUAAACAGAUCUUUUGUAUCAGUCCACAGCGGGUCAACGUAGGUGGAAAGAUUGACAUCAUGUGCUUUGACAAAACCGGCACACUGACAGAGGACGGAUUGGACAUACUCGGUGUUCGCGUUGCAUCGCCGGUGACAGGCAGAUUCACGGAUGUGCUUACGGAUUCAUCAUCGUUCGUACAAGAACAGGCCGGCGGUUCAGCCCAGAUGUCCAAAUUGAGAGCUGCCUUAUACACCAUGGCAACUUGUCACUCGUUGAGGUCUGUGGAUGACGAGCUGAUGGGCGACCCACUUGACCUAAAAAUGUUCGAGUUUACAAGAUGGUCUUUCGAAGAAGGCAAACAAAGCCCCAAUGAGGUGGACGACCAAGAUCAGGGUGGACUUUCGCCGUCAGUCGCUCGACCUCCAGCUGAGCAUGAUGCUAUUCUGCGUGGCACCACUCACCAGGGAGACCAAUCACAACCGCUUGAACUGGGAGUACUGAAGUCCUUCGAAUUCGUUUCGCAGCUCCGCAGAGCAAGCGUCAUCGUUCGACAAUUUGGACAGCAAAGUGGGGACAUAUAUGUCAAAGGUGCUCCUGAAUGCAUGCGAGAGAUAUGUCGUGAAGACAGCUUCCCAGUCGACUAUGAUGAUCAGCUUGCCUACUAUACACACAAGGGUUACCGCGUCAUUGGCUGCGCAGCUCGCCAUAUUCCAAAACUUAGCUGGGUCAAAGCCCAGAAGAUGAAGCGACAUGAGGCAGAGUCCCAACUGGAAUUCACUGGUUUCAUCGUCUUCGAGAACAAGCUCAAGCCGACCACGGCUCCUGUACUGACCGAGCUGCUGGAAUCGAACAUCAGUACGACGAUGGUAACAGGUGACAACAUCCUGACUGCCAUCAGCGUGGCUCGUGAAUGCAACUUGAUCAACAAGACCGCACACUGCUUUGUUCCGAGAUUCGUAGAAGGCAAUGCCGGUGACCCCAAAGCUCGGCUACAGUGGGAGAGCAUCGAUAACGGAGGCUUCCAGCUGAACGAACAGACUCUUCUUCCACUGCCGCCUCCGGCUGAUGUUGAUGCAUCGUUGGCGUAUAACAUUAAUGACAUCCGCAAUUACUCACUAGCAGUCAGCGGUGAGGUAUUUCGCUGGAUUGUGGACUUCGCGCCUCCGUUGGUAUUGCAGAGAAUGCUGGUCCGUGGUCGAGUGUUCGCGCGUAUGUCUCCAGACGAAAAACACGAGCUGGUCGAGAAAUUGCAAGCGAUCGGGUACUGUUGUGGCUUUUGUGGUGACGGUGCGAAUGAUUGCGGCGCUCUCAAGGCUGCAGAUGUUGGCAUCUCCCUCUCAGAGGCGGAAGCUUCCGUUGCAGCUCCGUUCACGUCACGCGUCUUCGACAUCGGUUGCGUUCCCCAGGUUAUCCGCGAGGGGCGUGCUGCACUUGUGACGAGCUUCAGUUGCUUUAAGUACAUGAGUCUGUACUCGGCCAUCCAGUUCACGUCUGUCAGUUUUCUCUAUGCUACAGCUUCUAAUCUCGGCGACUUUCAAUUUCUGUUCAUCGAUCUACUCUUGAUUCUUCCCAUUGCCAUUUUCAUGAGCUGGGCCGGACCAUACCCCGUUCUGUCACGAAAGCGACCGACUGCAGACCUUGUCUCGCGCAAGGUGCUCAUCCCGCUGCUAGGACAGAUGGUUAUUUGUAUUCUCGUGCAGACUGCUGUGUAUAUUGCCGUGAGAAAGCAGUCAUGGUACAUUCCCCCACGAGUCAACCAUGACAAGUCGAAUAUCAAGAACUCGGAAAAUACUGUCUUAUUUUUGGUGUCCUGUUUUGAGUACAUCUUGGCGGGCGUGGUACUCAACGCGGGCCCUCCCUUCAGGGAAAAGGCGCUAAAGAACUGGCCGUUUAUGGCAACCAUCGUGGCAACCAUUUCAAUCACAUUAUGGAUGAUACUUGGUCCGGGGCAUUCAGUAAGGCACCUGAUGCAACUCACCAAGACGAGCUGGGACUUUGAGCUCUUCAUGAUUUUAUUAGGGGGCGUUUACUUGGUCACGGCGUGGAUAUCGGAAAAGUACAUCUUCCAAAAGCUGGCUCGGGCUGCGGGACAUUUCAAGGAACGCAUCCUGAUGAAGCCGAAGCAAAGAAAGGAGUAUAAAAUCAUUUUGGAGCACAUGGACUUGUAGGAUUACACCGUUAGAAAGCCGCCUUUGAGGCAAAAGGGAUAAUGCGAUAACGUAUUCCCACAUAGAGUAUAACAAGCACUGCUCUAAUGUAUUCAAACAAUCAAUUGACUGUUACUGAGAGCCUGUC